GGUUGGUCGGGUAGGUCGCGGGUGGGUGGGAAAUUAGGGCUCCGUUUCAGGUUGUAUUGAUUAGAGUAUCAGCUUAAUUAAUGCGCGGCAACACAAACGGGACAAGACGGUACUCGUCAAUUCUGACUCUUCAAUUCUAAACGAGCUGGAAUUGGUACCGAAAUGCUAUGGCCGUCUUGUCGGGCAGUACCUGGUAUAAAGGGGCGAGGACUCCUGCUGGAACUUCUUCAACCCAACCCACGACUCUCCUUCUUUUCAUAUACAUCUUCAUUCAUUUCUAACACCUGGGCUGGAUCCGGUAUAUACUGAACAUUCUCGUCACCAUGCGUUCAUUCAUCCCCCUCACAGCGGCCCUGGCCGUCCUCCCCCAGGCCCUCGCGCACUGGAACUACGCCUCCCUCAUCGUCAACGGCGAAGAAACAGAGGAAUACCAAUACGUCCGCAGCACCAAGAACAGCAACAGCCCCGUCACCGACGUGACCUCGGACGACUUCAUCUGCAACGUCGGCGGCAUUGACGACGACGUCUUGAGCGCCACAGAGACGCACGAAGUCGCCCCCGGCGACGAAGUCGGCUUCGUCAUCCGCGACAACUUCGGACACCCCGGUCCCCAGCAGGUAUACAUGAGCAAGGCCCCCGGUACCGCCAAGGAAUACAAGGGUGCGGGCGACUGGUUCAAGGUUUACUCGCUCACGACGUCGAGUAUCAGUGAGACCGAGGGUGCCAAGUGGGCUGCCUUUGAUGACGGUGGUUCGGGGAUUACCAACUUCACGUUUGCACUGCCGGAUAACCUCGAGGCUGGCGAGUACCUGCUCCGUGCGGAGGGCAUUGGGCUUCACGGUGCUGGGGAGAAGGGUGGUGCGCAGUUCUAUAUUGGCUGUGCGCAGCUGAAGGUUACGGGCAAUGGAUCGGGCACUCCCGCGCCGACGGUCAAGUUCCCCGGUGCUUAUACGGGUGAGGAGCCGGGUAUUCUGAUUGGCAUUUACUACCCUCCUGUGUUGAACUACACGGCGCCGGGACCUGCGGUUUGGCCUGGAAAGUGUGAGGACCACACGGCGAACUUGUUGGGUGGAGAGAGCGAUGGGGAUUGUACGGCUAGCGGGGGUGCUGCGUCGAACUAAGGGAAUGUGAGGCAUUGAUUGAGACGUUCUUUUUUUUUUUUUCUCUGCAAGCCCUGGAGGCUAUAGCACUAGCAGUAACUUGUUCCACGGUGUAGUGGUUCUCCAACCUGAAACACUUGGUCUGUCUCGUGUAUAUUAUUCUUUCUGAUGCGGAAUUGACGCCGCUGACAAAUUCAUGGAUACAAACAACCAAAAAGGAAACGGCCUUUACCGGUGGUAUAUUUCGGGCAACCAGUGUAGACUGCUAGAUUCCUCGACUGUUGGCAAAGCCUGGCUGGACACUGGCGUCAGGCAUGUGGCCUGGUCUAUGAUCUUGUGUAUUAA